GGGGAUCGCCUUUGCUGCAAUACACAGACAUCCAUACCAGCCGCCGAAACUAGAACUAGGCCACACGUUGUCUCCUCAGGUAGGUCUAGAAGCGAUCAGGAGUCGGCUUGUAGUCUUCAGAUUCCAUGGCGGUCCUCAGGAGGGAAGCCACUGGCCAGGCCAGAUUGGCAGGAUCAUUCAUAGGAUGUCUUGGAAUAAUUCUGCUUGGUUUUGUCAUUCAGUCCCUUGCAGUCCCUACUGAUGGGAGCAACUCCUUAUCGAAGGUGACUACGGCUGCUCAGAAUGAAGAAACAGGAACUGGCAUCGUAAGCAGGCAGCUUGGAGAUGAUGGGUAUGCUGACGAGUAUGGCAAAGGGUACUACAGGGACGACAAUUUUGGUUAUGACAAGUACUACAGUCAGCAGAGCUACGAUGGUAAGAAAGACAAGGACAUGUACUUCAAGAAGUACAGUGACAACAAAUACAACGAAAAAACGUACGAAAAGAAAUACGGCGAUGACAGGUACGAUGAGAACAAGAAGUACGAGGAGGACAAGAAGAAGUAUGAGAAGUAUGGUGAUUAUGAAAAGUAUGACGAUGAUGAAAAGUAUGAUGAUGGUAAGAAGGGUGGUGAGUACUACAACAAUUACAAGGAGGAGAAGCAGAAUGACAAGAAGUAUGAUGCAGAGAAGUACAACGUGAAGUACCAUGAGAAGAACUACCAUGACAACGAGUACGAAGAGAAGAAGUAUAAGGACAAGGAAUACAACAAGAAGGAUGACGAGAAAUAUGGCGAGAGGAAAUACGGCAACGAGUAUGACAACAAGUUUGAUGACGACAAAUACAAAGGAGAGAACUUUGGAGUGAAGUACAUGGAGGAGUAUGGUAGGAAAUACAACCGUUACGAUAAGAAGAAGUACGGCUACGGUGGCAAUUAUAACAAGAAAUACUAUGGAAAGAAGAAGUAUAACAAAAAGUAUGACAGGUAUGGCAAGAAGUAUUAUAAGUACGACAACAAGUAUGGCAAGAAGUUUGGGAGGAAGGGUUAUUACAAGGACUAGGGCAAGAAGAAGGAUGAGAUGAGAAGGGGCAUGAUGAGAAGCAGUACAACACCCAGCAGCACGGGCACACGAGAGCUAUGACGAGAAGUACGCUGGUAUAGACUACAAGGGUAACAGCUGUGAUUAGAAGUGAAUGAGCAAUCAUUCACUUAAAUUUACAAAAGAAUACGCUUUCUGAAAACUAUUGCCAUUGCCAUGCACGGGAAGUUUGACCAGAAGAGAAACAAUACAUAGAGCGAAAAAUGUGAGUUCAUGCACACACUGCAUGAGGAUUUACUUUCCCAGAGGAUCCAACGUCUACAACGGACUGAGCGACAAUGACCUCCAGGAUGAUGGGCAAGCUCUGUGUGCAGUCUUGGUACAUGUUAGUGAAACAUCGAUCAUCGGCAAAGUUGGCACGCUCGAAGUGGACUAAGCAGAAGAAUAAGAGCUUGAUUUGCUCAUUCCUGCUGCAAAGACAGCCCAGAAGGGUAGUCCGAAUAACUAGCUGUAUUCCAAAGCAAGUGGAAAUUUCUAGCAAUAUGCAUUCGGCUCUCGUUCAUGUAUUCUGAUAUCUACCAGUGAUUGUGUGUGGUUUCUACCUUGUCAUGAAACUGUUUCAUUGCAGUCAAUCUUAUGUCGUUAGCCGUGCUUGGUGAUGCUGUUCUUCUUGGCAGCAACUUGGCUCCAAAACCUUUUGACAGGGUUUAUCUGACCACAGUUCUGAAGGAGACAACAGUCCCAUUUUCUCAAGAACCAGAUUUUGAAACCCCAUGGUCAGAGUUAAGAUCUGGAUACAGGAAUGGGACACUGGACCCGGUUUCCAGUCCGUUUUAAGGUACUUUUGUCGAACGGAUGGUCUAGGUGAUUUUGAGCUGGUAUGGUGAAAUGCUCACUUAUUUCUGAGCUUCAAGUGAAUUUUGGAAAGUUCUCAGUCUUUAGAAUGGGACGUAGGACCCGGUUUGUAGCAUUAAAAAGAUAUAUAUUUUGAGCAGUUGGUUACUCUGCUAGCUACGCUCCUAAGCGAAACUGGCUGAGGCUGCCAGGAUAACUCCGGGUCGAAUUGUGAGCUCCCUGGCCUCAUGCUUUGUUGAGCAAUACAGAUAUGAGCUUUCCGGAA